AUGUCUUCCAAAGUUAACGCAAAGAAGGAGCAAUCGUCCGAGGAGCCGCCAUCUCUGAUUACGUCACUUCCAGAUGACAUGAUCGUUGAUAUCGUAGCACGUGUAGCGAGAAGAUAUUAUCCGACUAUCUCUCUCGUUUCCAAGAGUUUCCGAGCUUUAGUUGCGUCGCCUGAGCUAUACAAGAGAAGAUCCUUGUUAGGCUGCACCGAACACUGUCUCUAUGCUGUCCUCUUUAACCAAAACACCUGUCAUCACCGUUUGUAUAUUCUCAACAGCAAUAAUCGCUUGGUCCUUAUUCGGUCACUUCCUCUUAUUAUGCCUCACGAUGGAUUCGGAAGAUACGUGGCGGUGAACUCGAAGAUAUAUGUGGUUGUUGGACAUUUCAGUGACAUUACAUGGUGCAUCGAUUGUAGAUCUCACAUGGUGCAGCCCAUCUCCAACAUGCCUAAGAAGAUGUUUGAUAAAGGUGCUGCCAUCAUCGACCGAAAGAUUUACGUAAUCGGAGAUUGCUUUUUUUAUGAUGACAAGGAAUGGUCAAAGGGAGUCGCCGUGUUGGAUACAGAAACUCAAACGUGGGAGCCUGAGAUUAUAAAGCCAAAGUCAGACAUGAAUGUAGACAGCGUGCAGUUUGAUAAUGUGGUGGUGAUGGAGGAUAAGAUUUACAUGAGAGGCUUUCAAAAGAGCUUUGUUUAUGGGCCAAAGGAAAGGAAAUGGGAACUGGACGAGAUGCUGAAUUCAAAGAGUUGGUGUAAUGCGUGUGUUGUUGAGGAUGUGUUGUAUUAUCAUGAUCGUUACAAGAAUAGGUUGAGAGCGUAUGAUCCAAAGCAUAGGUGUUGGAGUGUGGUGAAAGGUUUGGAAGAAUUGUUGUUUAAGAUGGCCGGUUUAUUGUAUUCCUAUACGGUUAGUUACGGUGGGAAAUUGGGAAUCUUGUUUCAUAAACAAGAAGGGAUUUGCUGUGCGGAGAUUGCUUUGGAAAGACGGCAAGGACGAGUGAUUUGGGGUAAGAUGCAAUGGUGUGAUGUUGUGGCUUAUGAUGUUGAGAACCUUUUCGUGGUGAAAUAUUUAGCUGUUACGUUAUGA